CGACUGAUACAGACAGCUGUUUUCUACUGCUCUGCUUUCUGAAGCCGUGAACGUGUGAAUUUCUCCAAACUUCUCGUCCAGAAAUGUUUCAGGAUUCGCCUUCGCGUCAGCGCUCCUCUGCCGGUCCCUACGGCCUCAGACGGACCCGUAAACCAUCUGCGAAGCUGAAGGAGUGCAUGAAGACAUCGUCUGCACCUCCUCACAGACCUCCCAGGUCCAGGGCUGCGGCUCUGACCGUACAGGUAGACCACUCCUACAGUUCCCUUUCCAGGACCACCGGAAAGUUCCUCAUUCUAGAGGAACUUCAGGAAAGUGCGGCUGUGCUUCCUCCUUUUCAGGCUUCCUCCACCAUCACACCAGAGAUGCCCGACUUCCGUGCACCUCCUGAGGUCCCAGACUCUCCGCUGUGGGUCCAUGGUCUCAGUGUGGAGGAGUUCCAGGGUGUUUAUCACUCUGUGGUGGAUCCUCUCGUGGGAUCCACAUCUGGUAAGUUCUGCCUGCAGUUCGGCCGCGAGCUCAAGCAGCGUCUGUGGAGGGAGCUCCGCUGUCCCUUCCUGACUGAGGAGGUCCAGCCUGACGGACGGGUCAAGAUCACCGAGGUCUUCAGCGCACCCACUCCAGUCCGGUCCGCCCCCGACUUUGACCUGGACACGAGUGAGGAGCCUCUGCCCGGUCAGCAGCCCAAGAAGAAGCGUCGCCGGUGCUGAAACCAUCCAGCAGCCUUAAACUGGCAAUUACAUCAGAGAUGAAGCUGAAACACUCCAACAUCAGCCUUCAUCUUAAUCUGGCAAUUAUGCCAGAUAAAUAAAUAGAUAAAAUAGAUGGUAGAUAGAUGGAUAGGUAGAUAGAUAGGUGGGAGAUAGAUGGAUAGGUAGAGAGAUGGUAGAUAGAUAGGUGGGAGAUAGAUGAUUAGGUAGAGAGAUGGUAGAUAGAUAGGUGGGAGAUAGAUGGAUAGGUAGAUAGAUAGGUGGGAGAUGGAUGGAUAGGUAGAGAGAUGGUAGAUAGAUGGAUAGGUAGAUAGAUAGUUGAGAGAUAGAUGGGUAUGUAGAUAGAUAGGCGGGAGAUAGAUAGAUAGAUAGAUAGAUAGAUAGAUAGAUAGAUAGAUAGAUAGAUAGAUAGAUAGAUAGAUCGUAGAUAGAUGGAUAGGUAGAUAGGUGGGAGAUAGAUGGCUAGGUAGACAGAUGGUAGAUAGAUGGAUAGGUAGAUAGAUAGGUAGGAGAUAAAUGGAUAGGUAAAGAGAUACGUGGGCAAGUAGAUAGAUAGGUGGGAGGUAGAUAGAUAGGUGGGAAGGUACAUAGAUAGAUUGGUAGAUAGAUGGAAGAUGGUUAGGAAGAUAGAUAGGUUAAAGAUAGAUAGGUUGAAGAUAGAUAAGAUGAAGAUAGAGAGAUAGAUAGAUGGGUAGAU